UUAGAACGCUUUCCAGAAGUGAUGGAAAGGGGUGGGCAGGACGACUAAAUAUAGUCCUGGGGCCAAGACAGCCUGGGAGGGUCUGUCUGUGAUUCACUCUGUGCCCUCACCAGUGGGGUCCACUGCUAGCUGCGCCUGUGAGCCCCCGACUCUGCUCUGAGCUUGCUGUUUGCCUUUUGCCUGUUUUCAGACACAGCUCUGACCCUGCUAAGUUUGGGCCUGACCUUGAGUGGGCCUCCCAGGACUCUCUUUUUGCCCAAGAUCUCCAACCAGACCUGACCGUCAUGUCGGCUGCGCCGGGCCUCCUGCACCAAGAGCUGUCCUGCCCGCUCUGCCUGCAGCUGUUCGAAGCGCCGGUGACGGCCGAGUGCGGCCACAGCUUCUGCCGCGCCUGCCUGAGCCGCGUGGCUGGGGAGCCGGCGGCGGACGGCACGGUGCCCUGCCCGUGCUGCCAGGCACUCACGCGGCCACAGGCGCUCAACACCAACCUGCAGCUGGCGCGCCUGGUGGAGGGGCUGGCGCAGGUGCCGCAGGGCCACUGCGAGGAGCACCUCGACCCGCUCAGCAUCUACUGCGAGCAGGACCGAGCGCUCGUGUGCGGCGUGUGCGCCUCGCUCGGUUCGCACCGCGGCCACCGCCUGCUGCCCGCCGCCGAAGCCCAUGCGCGCCUCAAGACGCAACUGCCCCAGCAGAAGCUGCAGCUGCAGGAGGCGUGUAUGUGCAAGGAAAAGAGUGUGGCUGUGCUGGAGCACCAGCUGCUGGAGGUGGAGGAGACGGUGCGUCAGUUCCGGGGGGCUGUCGGGGAUCAGCUGGGCAAGAUGCGGGUGUUCCUGGCGGCACUGGAGGGCUCCUUGGAUCGGGAGGCAGAGCGUGUGCGGAGUGAGGCGGGGGUCGCCUUGAGACGAGAGCUGGGCAGCCUGAACUCUUACCUGGAGCAGCUACGGCAGAUGGAGAAAGUCCUGGAGGAGGUGGCCGACAAGCCACAGACAGAGUUCCUCAUGAAAUACUGUCUGGUGACCAGCAGGCUACAGAAGAUCCUGGCAGAAUCACCACCACCUGCCCGGCUGGAUAUCCAGUUGCCUGUCAUCUCAGAUGACUUCAAAUUCCAGGUGUGGAGGAAGAUGUUCCGGGCUCUGAUGCCAGUUAUGAAGGACCUGACCUUUGACCCGAGCACCGCCCACCCGAGUCUGGUGCUGUCUCCCUCUGGCCGCCGCGUGGAGUGUUGCGAUCAGAAGGCGCCGCCGGCCGGGGAGGACCCGUGCCAGUUCGACAAGGCUGUGGCGGUGGUGGCGCACCAGCUACUGUCCGAUGGCGAGCACUACUGGGAGGUGGAGGUGGGCGACAAGCCGCGCUGGGCCCUCGGCGUGAUUGCGGCCCAGGCCAGCCGCCGCGGCCGGCUGCACGCCUUGCCCUCGCAAGGCCUCUGGCUGAUCGGGCUGCGGGACGGCAAGAUCCUGGAGGCGCACAUCGAGGCCAAAGAGCCGCGCGCCCUGCGCACUGCGGAGAGGCGGCCGACGCGAAUCGGGAUCUACCUGAGCUUUGCCGACGGAGUCCUCUCCUUUUAUGAUGCCAGUGACGCCGACGCCCUCGAGCUGCUCUUUGCCUUCCAUGAGCGCCUGCCCGGGCCCGUGUACCCCUUUUUCGACGUGUGUUGGCACGACAAGGGCAAAAACGCUCAGCCGCUGCUCCUCGUGGGGGCUGAUGGCGAGGAGGCCUGAGCCGCCUGCUGGGCUGGGGAGUGUUGCAGGGUCCUCAUGCCUGGAAGGCGGCUGGGCAGGCAGGGGCUGUUGGGACUGAAGGCAGGGCGGAGGGGGUUGGGGACUGGAGACUCUUAAGAGUUCUGAGAUGUUCGGGGUUGGAGGGGUUGGGGUGGGUGUGGGGGAGGGAUAUCUAAAGUCAGGUCAGCGAGGAAACCCCAGUUUGGGAACCAGGAAGCCCCAAGGGUUCCAGCAAGAAAUUGAAGUUGAGGGAAGGAUUGAAAAGGGUCAGGUUUCGGGUCGGGAUGGGGUGGGGGAACUGAAGAACUCUGGAGAGCAAAGAGCCCCUUUUCCCUCCUUCCUGGUGGCCUUGGGGCUUGUGUGUGUGUGUGUGUGUGGAGUCCAGACUCACCACACAGAAAGAUCUUUCCCUUUAUGGUUCUACAACUUAAGGGUGCAUCAAAAUAACUUUUUCAAAGCAUGUGACAGUGACUUGUUGAAGCAGAGUGUUGUGUUUCUGGUUCGCUAGGUCUGGGGGCAGACCAAAAUUUUGCUUUCCUUACAAGUUCCUGGGGCCAUGCUGUUGCUGCAGGUUACAAGUAGGAUCACCUGGAGAACCCCGGACUUGGACCCUGGUCUGUUCAGUCAGCUCUCCAUUACACAGAGGUAGUUAUCAGAUAGCUCUCAGCUCGCAGGAAUAGAAAACCCACACUAUAUUCCUCUGGAGAUUCAACAGUCAUUGAAAAACUGCCAGAUACCAUGCUGAGUGAAUAAACUGACCCCUAACUAGUUC